GUACAGAACCGGAACUACGAGAAAUAUAACCUCUUUGUUUUGAUACUAAAAGUUUUUACAUCACAAUCACAAAAUAACCGCAUAAUUUUAAUGCUAAACCAAUCCAAACAAACCCUAUAACUAAAAAUCAUCCCUUCGAAACUAAUUAAUCCCAAAUAAACCUUGUCGAAAUCCGAUUGAAAUCCCAAACCAUCUUAAACUAAAACCUCCAAGUUUUAUAAAAUAAUCACUUUUACUUAAAUAUUUACAAAAAUAACGGUUAAAUCGUAAUCGGUGGUUAAAAGUGAUUAAUUCGUGAGGUGUUUUGCGUAUUAUUAAGGCGGGGAAGUGUUAUUUCUUUUGUGGUCGCGAGGCCAAGCCCACAAGCUUUUUUUAGGUUAGGUGUAUUAAAGUGAAAAUAAUUAGUAAAUCAGUUAAUUAUGUCUUCUGGGCGCCCCAUUAAGUGUGUCGUCGUCGGCGACGGCACCGUAGGAAAGACUUGUAUGCUUAUUUCAUAUACAACCGAUAGUUUUCCUGGUGAAUAUGUUCCAACUGUAUUCGAUAAUUAUUCAGCACCCAUGGUUGUAGAUGGAAUCUCGGUUAGUUUGGGUCUUUGGGAUACUGCAGGUCAAGAAGAUUAUGAUCGACUUAGACCAUUAUCGUAUCCCCAAACCGACGUCUUUUUAAUCUGUUUUUCAGUAGCUUCACCAUCUAGUUUUGAAAAUGUCACAUCUAAAUGGUAUCCAGAAAUUAAGCAUCAUUGUCCGGAUGCUCCCAUGAUCUUAGUUGGAACAAAAAUAGAUCUUCGUGAUGAUAGAGAAACGUUAAGCAUUUUAGCCGAUCAAGGUUUAAGCCCUAUAAAGCGUGAGCAAGGUCAAAAAUUAGCAAAUAAAAUACGCGCUGUAAAAUAUAUGGAAUGUUCGGCUUUGACUCAACGUGGACUUAAACAGGUUUUCGAUGAAGCCGUGAGGGCUGUUUUGAGGCCGGAACCCCAAAAACGUCGUCAACGCAAGUGUCUCAUUAUGUAAAAGAAAAAAAUAAUGUUUUAAGUUUACAUCAGGGGCAUUUUUACUCAAAAUCUGAUUGUUGAACUGAAUUGAUUUUAAUUUUAAUACUCAUUUUAAGUGCAUUUAAAAGUUUGCUUAAAAAUAAACGACGAUAUUUUUAUAUGUCAAUUAUAAAUGAGAAACGAAUGAUUUUCUUUAAAAAUAAUUAUUAAUUAUGUGUUGUGCCAUUUUUAUGUUUUAUAUUUUUAUAUACAGGAUGAUCGCUUUAAAUUCACCUUGUAUAUUUAAAAGAAAAUCCAGCCAAUUAACCUUAAAGCAAAAAAAAAAAGGAGAAAAAGAAUCCCUUUUUAUAUUAUAAGAUAUUUUUGCACUAUAAAAAUGAACUUAUCCACUUUUUAUCAAACAACAAAGAGAUUAUUUUGUAUACUACUUUUAAUUUAGUGGCUAAAAAGAUUUUCAACGAAACGAUAAUGUUAAAAAAGUAAAAAAAGCAGCUUAUUCGAUUAAUUUACAACACUUAUUAGUAAUGUUAAUUAAUAAGUAUACUCUUUAUUAAUAAUCAAAAAAAAAAUGAAAAAAGAGAAACGUUAAAAACGAAGAAAAUAUAUGUAAACCUAAAUAUAUACAUAUAAUUAAAACUAAUAACGAAAAAUUAAAAAAAAAAGAGUUAGAGAUCAACUUAUAAGGUAGUUUUUUUUAUAAUAAGAUUGAUAUGUAACCAAAGUAUAGGGAUAUAACAAGUUUGUUUCUAGUCAUCACACUUAAAAGAAUAAAAAGAACGAUUGGAACUUUUCGAUAUGCACAUUUAUUCGAUCGUAUAUCUCAGUAUUUCUUUAUACAUACGGUUCUUUCCUAAUGUCUCUUUUUAUAAUAAUCUUUUUGUCACACCAUGAAUAAUAAUAAUCUCAACGAAUUGUACUAUACACACUAAUAAUUAUGUAAUAAAUGUUUUUUUGCCUUUUUAA